AUGGCUUACGGUGAUCCUGUGCUGCUUGCCUCCAGCAUCGGAGCAGGGUCCAACAGCUGGACCAGGCAGCAGUUUAUCGAGAGUGUGCCGAAAACUAGUGUGCUGCUGCUGCUGAGCUUCAUCUUUAUCGUUUGCUGCUUGGCAGCGUACCUGGAGCGCUAUCGGCGCUUGGUGCGACACAUCAACUGCAUCCCCGGCCCGGCCACGCUGCCAGUCAUCGGCAAUGCCCUGCUUAUCAACGCUGACCGCGAAGAACUGUUCAAUCGCAUCAUCGCAUCCCGAAAGCUGUAUGGACGCCGCCAGGGUAUAACGCGCAUCUGGAACGGGAUGACGCCUUACGUGCUGAUCUCGCAGGCGCAAGCAGUUGAGAAAAUACUGAGCAGCACCAAAAACAUUGAGAAAGGCCGUGACUACGAGUUUCUCCAGCCCUGGCUCGGGACCGGGCUGCUGACGAGCCCGGCCAGCAAGUGGCAGCACCGGCGCAAGAUCCUGACGCCCACGUUUCACUUCCGCAUACUGGCCGACUUUGUGGAGGUGUUCAACAAGCAGGCGACGGUGCUGGUCGAGAAGCUGGCAAAGGAGCUGGACAAUGAGGCAGGCUUCGACUGUGUGCGCUACAUCACGCUCUGCUCGCUGGACAUUAUCUGCGAAACUGCCAUGGGAUGUCCGGUGUACGCACAGCGCCAGUCCGACUCGGAGUACGUGCGGGCACACGAGAAAAUCGGCGAGAUAAUGCUGAACCGGCUGCAAAAGCUCUGGCUCCAUCCGGACAUCAUCUUCCGCUGUACGCGGCAGUACCGGGAGCAGCAGAAGUGUCUCGACAUCCUUCACCGGUUCUCCUACCGCAUGAUCACGGAGCGGCGGUCCAUUAUUCAAACUGGCAGCAUGGUGAAGCAGGCCAACACGGAGGACGGGCUCGAUGCGAACAACAACAACUGCGAGGGCAGCGGGCGUAAGCAACUCGCCUUUCUCGAUCUGCUGAUCGAAGCGUCCGACGGUGGUCGGAUACUGUCCGACACGGAUAUACGCGAGGAGGUGGACACGUUCAUUCUCGGCGGGCACGAUACGACGGCGACCUCCAUCUCCUGGACCCUGUUCCUACUCGGCACGGACCCGACCGUCCAGGAGCGGGUAGUACAGGAGAUCGAGUGCGUGAUGGGCGACGGCGGCGAACGGUGGCCAACGAUGCGCGAGCUGAGCGAGAUGCGAUAUCUGGAGGCGUGCAUUAAGGAAGGGUUGCGGCUGUACCCGAGCAUUCCGAUCAUUGGCCGACGGCUGACGGAGGACGUGCGGCUGGCCGACCAUGUGCUGCCGGCGGGUACGAACGCCGUCAUCGUCGUGUACCAGCUGCACCGCGAUCCGGCCGUCUUUCCCAACCCGGAUCGCUUCAAUCCGGACCACUUUAUGGUGGAUGCGUCCUCGGCCCAAAAGCCGCGCCAUCCCUUCGCCUACAUUCCGUUCAGUGCGGGGCCGAGGAACUGUAUCGGGCAGAAGUUCGGGGCGCUCGAGGCGAAGGCAGUGCUGGUAGCCGUGCUGCGGCAGUACCGGGUCGAGGCGGUCGAUCGGCGCGAAAAUCUUACGCUGUACGGUGAGCUGGUGCUCCGGUCGAAGGAUGGACUGCGGAUACGCAUAACGAAGCGGAAGUAAUGUAUACGAUGUGUGCUGUUGGAAGCCUUACGAAUAGAUGGGUUUCUAUGUUGGAGAGCAAUGAGAGCGUCAAGAAAGUAUCAUCUCAGAACAU